UGCCCUCUAUGCAGCGAGGCAACAAAAGAUCUGCAUUCACAUAUGGGCGGCCACAUCCUUCGUGCUGCCCGCAGAGUUCCUGAAAAUCUCACAACAGCUGUUUCAGGUCCACAGCCAUGUGGCUUUUGCGGUCGUUCUGGUGUCGCCAAGUAUGCAGUUACCUUCAAGGAAUCUGGAUGUUCAGUUGCUUGGGAAUCACAAUGCCCACACAAGGAGAAUUUCCAGUACAGCAACGCUAACAAAGGCUCCGACAACCACCCGUGUUGCAAUGUUCCUGUUGUCUGCAAGCUUUGUGCA